CCCGACUUGGGGCUCGAACUCAAAGACCAUGAGAUCUUGACCUGAGCCGAAGUCAGAUGCUUAACCGACUGAGCCAUCCAGGCGCCCAGAAAAGUACUACUUUUGACUUGGAACCACGGUUUAGGGGUACAAGAGCACCUGGUUCCGAGGGUCCCAAAUUGACGAGGUUCGACCACUCACCACUAACAAUAUCCAAAGGCAGAGAGACAAGUGGUAGCGAAACAAGAGAAGAAUUUACUUCAGUGAGGCCAGCAUGGGAAGACCGUGACUAAAGUCACAAAGAUUGUCUCCAAAGUGCUAAAAAUACUUCUGAGUUUAUAUAAGGAAAAUGUGGGACAAAGGUGGAUGGGUACGUGCAGGUAGCCAGUAAGUUCAGAUCGAUAAUUGUCUUGGGGUCUGGAAAGCCCUUAUUGCUUGAAGGGCGUGUUUUGCUUACCAUCACAGGAUGCUUGGCCCUCAGGGUCUUUUGCCUGAGAAGAGAUAAGCUGGAAAGAAGAAUUUAAGCACCUAGAAAGUACAAACUGAGGAGGAACAAGAGACAUGGGAAAGUCUUUUUCUCAUUUGCCUUUGCAUUCAAAUAAAGAAGAUGCUUAUGAUGGAGUCACAUCAACUGAAAAUAUGAGGAAUGGACUGGUUAAUAAUGAAGUCCAUAAUGAAGAUGGAAGAGGUGGAGAUGUCUCUCAGUUUCCGUAUGUGGAAUUUACAGGAAGAGAUAGUGUCACUUGUCCCACUUGUCAAGGAACAGGAAGAAUUCCUAGGGGGCAAGAAAACCAGCUUGUGGCAUUGAUUCCAUAUAGCGAUCAGAGAUUAAGGCCAAGAAGGACAAAGCUGUAUGUGAUGGCUUCUGUGUUUGUCUGUCUGCUCCUUUCUGGAUUGGCUGUGUUUUUCCUUUUCCCUCGCUCUAUUGACGUGAAAUACAUUGGCGUAAAAUCAGCAUACGUCAGUUAUGAUGUUCAAAAGCGUACAGUAUAUUUAAAUAUCACGAACACACUAAAUAUAACAAACAAUAACUAUUAUUCUGUUGAAGUUGAAAAUAUCACUGCACAAGUUCAGUUUUCAAAAACUGUUAUUGGAAAGGCUCGCUUAAACAACAUAACCAAUAUUGGCCCACUGGAUAUGAAACAAAUCGAUUAUACGGUACCUACUAUCAUAGCAGAAGAAAUGAGUUAUAUGUAUGAUUUUUGUACACUGAUAUCAAUCAAAGUACAUAAUAUCGUACUCAUGAUGCAAGUUACUGUGACAACAACAUACUUUGGACACUCUGAACAGAUAUCCCAGGAAAGAUACCAGUAUGUUGAUUGUGGAAGGAACACAACUUAUCAGUUGGGGCAGUCUGAGUAUCUAAAUGUACUUCAGCCACAACAGUAAAAAUUGAAUGAUAUGCCAGUGGAGAAGAAGAAAUCCCUAUCGAUAUUUUCUAGAACUCUGAAGAAUGAGGUACUUACUUCCUGAUAGGAGAUCUUAAAUUGAAGAAAACUAAAGUUUACACCUUCCAUUUUAGGGGUACAAGUAAAAGUAUGUGGACUCGAACAUUACUGCAGCGAUCCACUCUGUGUUCAUGUUGUCUGUACCAGGAUCUUUUACUUGAAUCUAAAUUUGCCAAUUGAUUUUCUUCUCCCCCUCUCCCUAGCGGGGGAAAUUGAGACUUCCCAUGUAGGACAGUAAAUAAUUUACAAUUCACAGCUUCGGCCACUACUGAAAACCUAACUUUGAUGAUGGACAUAAUUUGAGAAACUUUAUUUCUGAAUGUUUUUAUAGAAUAUUACUGAGAGCCUGUUAUUCAUGAAAGACUUUUUAAAAAUAACCUUUUUUUUUCUGUUUUAUAAAUUCCCAUUGCUACAUAGUAGGAUUUCAAGAUAUUUUAGCUUUUAGCUAAACAUUUGUAGUUUUUCAUUUGUUGAAAUUCUACUCAUUUGCACGUUUUUGUCAGCCUUAUUUCAAUCCAGUGCUUGCAGAACACUAGAAACCAAAAUAAUUGCAAAAUUCUGAAUCUAAAAUUUUCGAAAGCUCCCUGUUUCACAUGUCUUUCCAUCUAAGUAAGUUUUGUGAAAUUUUUGUGUAGUCUUCAAACAUCGUUAAUGUAUAAUAUUGUAAAUAAACUGUGCAUGGCUUUUAUACAGCUUAAAUAAAUGUCAAAUAAAGUACAGAUUCAAAAUAAAGUAAGUUGCUCAUAAAAAUAAAUAAAACGGGAAAUUGAAAUUCAGAAACUUAUAGAAUGUGAAUAUGGUUCCAGUUACAUACAGGAUCAGGCAUCAAGUGAUUUUGAAAUAAAGUGUUUUGAUGCUCCACUUUUUUUUAAUGUUGCUUUUCAGACUAACAAGUUGUGGAGACACUUUUCACAACUCUUUGGUACCCAAGUCACCCAAUGUUACCCAUUUUAUGCCUGUUUUCAAGGAGGAAAUUGUGUCUUUGGUAGAAAUUCUCCAAGAAAUCUUAUUAAAUGAUGGUGGCUAUAUAAAAAUUAAGCCUAUAUUAUGCUUUUUAAAAAUUUAAUCACUUUGCACAUCACAUGGAUAUCAAGCCUCUAGCAGUUAACAUUUUUAAAUUUUCAGAUUUUGUUUGGAUUUUAUUUAAAAUUGUUUUCAAGUGGAAAUUAUUGACUUUUGCAUUUUGUCAUCUUAUAUUUUCAAUACCAUUUUCUGUUUGGGCUUUGUGCCUUUCCACUUACCAAGUUCUAAUUACCUUGUAAAUAUAUACCACUGAGGGUAGGGACCAACUGUGAUACCAAAAAAAUAAAUAAAUAAAUAAGUGGCUUGAGAUUAAUUUCUUUCUGUUCCCUAGAGACAGAAGUCAGGUUCCCUUUCCCUCAAAGUGCCUAACUUAGGUCUGAAACAUACCUGUUUAUCAGUCGGACUCUCUCAGCUGUUACACACAAGCUUUGUUUAAUUAUUUAGAGCUAAUGAAGUCUCCUUUCUGCCUUUAAACACACUCAGGUCUCCCUUUAGUGUUAUUAUAAUUUUCCCCAAGUUUUCCUGAGUGAACAUUUUAAAUGGGUAGAAUACACUUUUUUUUUUUUUUUGGACUGUUGUUUUUUUACCUUAAUCGUUGCUAACUCACCCAUCGUUGCUAUUAAAGUCACCCCAUUACAUUUGUUAUAGACUCACUAGUCAAACCCAGCCUUCAUGUUUUUUUCUUCUAUGAUUUUUGACUACUCCUCUUCUCCUUGAAACUGCACACUCCUCUAAUGUUUCAAUUCUAUUUGUAUUUUUCAAAUCAUUCUCAUUUCAUUUUCCCUCAUUCUGUCUUUUGAUCUUUCAGUGACUAUUAUCUAGACCCUCUUUUGCUUCAAAAUUUCUAUUCCUGUGACUUUAACCAACAAUCAUCUAUAUUAGGGCUUCCAAAUCUUUCUGUAUACCUGACCAGUCACCUGUCAGGCUUCUUCUCAUUUAGUGAGUUACCUAGAGAUGAUAGUAUUUCACUGACUGUGUAAAUCAUAAAGUGUUUCAAAAAUGUUUAUCAUAUUCUGUUCUCUCCUUGUCCUUACUUCAAAAUCACCCUUCAUUUUUUCAUAAUCACCCUUCAGAUAUGCCUUCUUCAGAAAUCAAUCCUGGUUUAUCUUUUAACUUCAUAAGAGUAUGUAGUGUAAGUGAAUGGAUUUUUCUAUUGAUUUGUGGUCUGAUAUCCUUUUGGAGUGCAUGCAUAGUAUUUGCUGAAGAUACAGGAAAGUGAAGGAACAUUUGCUUUUAGUGACUUAGUUUUGAAUAUUUUUUCUUCAUUUUUUAAAAUUAAAACUUUAUUGUACCUACUUUCCAUGAAGCAUAAGGUAGAAAAACCUAGAAUUUAAGAUAAGUGCAAACCUGUAGUAGACAAAAAGAUCACCUGUGACUACUUUCAGAGAAGUUUUAAAUAACUUUCCAGAAUAAGCUUGGAACAGAGCAGGUGUAAGUUAAUAAAAUUACAAAAAUACAUUCAGGUGAAACAGAAUUACAGCCAUUAAAAAAAGAAAAAAACACAGGGAAGGCGAAUGAGCAUUGUCCAGUGUAUUUUUUCUUACAUAGUAAUAGGAUAGAUAGCAAUAUAUUUUUUAAAACUGCUUUCAGAUCUUAUUCAAAGGAUAUGGUAAAGAUGUUAUAAUUUUUUCCCCCUGAUACUCUCAAGAAUAACUUUUUCUUAAAUUACACUUUUAAUAGACUGGUCAUCCUAACCAAAUCCAAUACUAUAACAAGUCUCUGUGUGUUGAUAUUAUAUGUAUCUAACAUAUGCCCUUGUAAAAGCUUUCAUGUUUCUCUUAUAUAAUUUACCUGGUCCUGUGAGUCAGACAAAGGAGAGGGGCAGGAUCCUUAUCUUUUAGAAGAGGAGACGUGGCAUGGAGAAGUUAAGGGACUUGCUGAAGAUCACAUAUUCAGUAAAUAAUCUUAGGGGGCCAUACCUAAUUUUUCUGUCUCCUAUGUGUGUGCUCUGUCAUUUAAAAUAGAGUCCAUUGAGAAGCCCUGUUGACUCAGGUUAGUAUGAUUAAAAAUCAGAGAAAACAUUCACAUAGUUCCUAGUGACAAUCAAAAUAAUACUGAUGGACUAAGAUUUGGGUAUCUUUAAGUUGGUACCUGAAAUAUUUUAAAUGGAAAAUGAGCAUUUGUGAAAUACUUUGGAGCAUAAUCUAUAGCUGAAUUUUUCUUUUAAAAUUUAGUAUUUCUUGAUCAUUCCAAUAAAGAUAUGACUGAUAGGUUGUCACACAAGGCUAUAUAUAAAUAAUAGAGGUUAAUGUAUUUGAGAUUUGAAAUAAGAACAGUGUGAAAAUAUUAGAUACCAGAUAAAUUGCUUGCAAUUGCCAAAUAACCAUCCUUACUAUGGUACAUAAUAUGUAAAUGACUGUGGUUUUAUUUGUGAGCAGUUUUUCUGUGCCUUUUUCAUUUAUUUAGGCCAAUGAGGUAAUUAUUUUCUCUAAGAUUUGUGACAAAAAAAAAUUCAGUUUAGAUUUUCUGAAUUGUAUUUUGGAAGUGAUAUAGUACAGUGUUAACAAUAGAGAGAAAGUGAUUGCCAAAAUACAAUAAAGGUAUCAUUAUUGCAAUAUAGGGGUGUUUUGUUGUACGGAAUGUCUCCAACCCCCUUCCACACCAUUUUUUUUUUUUUAAUUCUUAAGAUAAGUAAUUCUGUAUAUAAUGAUUACAUUUUAUUUAAGAAAAUAGUUUGUUGGGUACUUGACCCCUAAGGAAGUCACUGCUCAGUCUAGCUAAUAUCUAUUAGUUACUUUGUCAGAUACUGCAGCAAUCUCUUAUGUGCAUUAUCUGAUUAUUCCUCAGAAAGCCCUCUAAGGUAGCUACUGACGUUGCUCCCCAUUUUAAAUCUGAGGAAAGAGUUUUAGAGAAGUUAAGAAAUAUGCAUAAGCUUGGAAGUGGCAGAUUUCAGAUUGAAAACAUGUCUGAUUGACUCAAACAUCAUUGCUCUUAAAAAUAGCAUAUUUCCUUUUCAGCCUUUGAAGAUGUUUUCUUUCUAAAAAUAUAUUGGUUGUACUUAAUAUAUAUAAGAUUUUGAAGUUUUUGAUAGUAUUUUCAAAAAUACUAUUAAGAGACUUUAUUAUAAUUUUAUAGAUCUUUGGUGUGAUAAAAAGUGGCUUAUCACUGAUUUUUAAAAUAAUUCAUACUUAUCUGUUUGGAUUUUUUUCUUUUUAAAAGAUGUAAAAUUUUAAAUUUUAAAUUUACAAAUAUACAUCAGACUUCUUUGGUAGGCAGUGUGAAUUGAAUUUCGAGUUAUUACGUUGGAAGCCAAAGGUUACUUACCAUAGUGUCAUAAAUCGAUUUGUAGCUCAUAACAUCUGGAAGCAGCAACUACCUGGCUCAAAUACAUCUAAGAAUAAUUAAUUUUAUUUCUUUUUUGUAAAAUCAGAUUUUAAAUGAAAUGUUUAUCUGAAACUAUUUUAUUUUAAAAGAAAAAUAUGUGUUUGAAAAGAUGGGAUUAAAAGACUGUUAAACAUUAUUUCUUUAAAAAAGUUAUUUUUACAUGAAAACAGAAUAUAUUUGUGAUCUGCUUCGAUCAAAACUUUUACUUCUAUAUCCCAGGUCUACUUAUUUCAGAGUAAAAAUUUUCACUUAGCUUAAAUUUCUGAUUAGAACUAAUAUUUGUGUAUUUUUGUGCUUAGUGAGAAUGUAAAUUUCACAGUGGAUUUUUGAAAUUUAUCCUUAAUUUGGAUAAAAGCAAGUGAUAUAUUUAUAAAAUUACUAUAGGGAUAAAAAUGGUAAUUUCCAGUUAAAAAAAAAACCGAAUGUGAUUAUGUUUGUAGUUCUUUUUACACAUGUUUAGGAUAGGCUCUAAAUUAAAUAUCUGUAUUGACCCUAAAAAUAUUCCGUAAAUUAAUUUAACAAAUAUAUGGCAAGUUUUUCAUAGCUAAAUAACUCUUAUAGAAGGAAAUUGUUGCCUUCUGUUUAAUUACAUUAAUUGAAAUGUGUUUAAGGAAAUGUUUUCAGCAUAUUUUGUAUACUAAAAAAAAGGACUAGUAUUGGGCCAAUGGCCAAGAGGUAAUAUUACUACCGUGUAGACUAUUACUGUUCAAAUUGUCCCACUUCCCCCAGAAUUUUAGAAACUAGAAGUCUGGGAGAUACUGUAUCAGCUGUGGUGGAGUGACUCUCAGUGCUGUAGGUACUAUUCAUCUUUUAGUUCUUGUGUGAGAUGGAACACAUGCCAAGUUGCAAAAGAUUCAUAACUUCAUUAUGUAACAGUUUGUUUUAGGCAUCAGAUAUCAGCAAGCUAUGCCUUGUGUGUUUUGUCUUAGAUUCACUUGUAGAACUAAAUUAAGUAAGAGUUUGGAAAAUACUGAGUUGACCUAACUGGUCAGAUAUUUGAAUGAUGGCAUUACUGGGUAGAUUCUAAUUAUGGAAUAAAGAAGAAUAUAGAAUGAAAGACUAUGUUUGGGCACUUACUCUUUGCUUGUUUCAUGGAUUAGCCUCCAUCCUAACACUAAAUUCCCAAGUUAAACAGUUCUGUAAUUGUAAUUAUUGUUGCUGUUCAUGUAACAAAACAUGCUUAUGUUAGCAAAAGGAAUAGAAGUGCCCCCAAAUGCUAUUUUUUUAGUUACUUGUAACUGUUGCUCUUGUAAUUGUGUAUGAAAAAAUAAAAUUUGUAAACAUUUUGGCAUGAAAAAUAAAGUUUGUAUCAGUCAAGUA